GCAUCUCGUUGUCUCUCCUCUCAUCGCCAACUUGUUCCUCCAGCAUUUCAGUUCAUCGCCUUCUUCACCACCAUAGCCGCAAGCAGCCAACCAGAUCGCACAUCCUCGUAACCUACCAAAGCCGCAUUGCACACAUCCUAUAGACCAAGCCUCUAGAGAGAAGAUCGUAUCCUGACAGACCUACUCUGCAUGCAUCCACCGCCAAUACAUCACGAGCUUGCAGAUUGUCAUCUCUACGUCUGAACCAUCACCAUGGAUGUCGUCCAAGCCGUCUCCGGCUACAUCUCUAAGAUGGUGUCGGCUGGAGACAGCGCAUCUGGGGCACCAUCUGCUAAGAUGAAGAUGCUUCUACUAGACAAAGAUACCGUGCCAAUUGUCUCCACCGCCAUCACCCAGUCUUUGUUGCUUAACCACGAGGUCUACCUCACGGACCGGCUCGACAAUCAGAACCGCGAAAAGAUGCGACACCUCCGGUGUCUCUGCUUCGUGCGGCCUUCUCCGGAAUCUGUUCAAUUUCUCAUCGAUGAGCUUCGGGAUCCUAAAUACGGCGAAUAUUACCUCUACUUCAGCAAUGUAGUCAAGAAGUCGUCGUUAGAGAGGCUAGCCGAAGCCGACGACCACGAGGUCGUUAAGGCGGUGCAAGAACACUUUGCCGAUUUCGUCGUCAUCAACCCGGACCUAUUCUCCCUCAACCUCGCCCCGCCUCAGCAGAGGAUAUGGGGUAGCUCGCCGGAUCUCUGGAAUCCGGACUCGCUGCAGCGGACGACCGACGGCCUGAUAGCUGUGCUACUGGCGCUUAAAAAGAAACCGCUCAUUCGGUAUGAGCGGAACAGCUUGCUAGCCAAGAAGUUGGCCACGGAAGUUCGGUAUCACAUCACGCAAGAAGAGCAGCUAUUUGAUUUUCGAAGAGUCGACACGCCGCCUAUACUGCUCAUCCUCGACCGGAGAGAGGACCCCGCCACGCCGCUUCUCAACCAGUGGACUUACCAAGCCAUGGUUCACCAACUACUAGGCAUCCAGAACGGGCGGGUAGAUCUAGGGGACAUCCAGGACAUCCGACCGGAGCUGAGGGAAAUUGUUCUGUCGCAAGACCAAGACCCGUUCUUCAAAAAAAAUAUGUACCUAAACUUUGGCGACCUCGGCGGCAAUAUCAAGGACUACGUGGAGCAGUACCAGUCCAAGACGAAGAAUAAUGCCAACAUCGAAUCUAUAUCUGACAUGAAGCGGUUUAUUGAGGAAUACCCAGAAUUUAGAAAACUCUCCGGCAAUGUCAGCAAGCAUGUCACUCUAGUUUCGGAACUGAGUCGAAGAGUGGGCUCCGAGAAUUUGUUAGAGGUCAGCGAGGUCGAGCAGAGUCUGGCUUGUAACGACAAUCACGGUGCGGACCUGAGGAAUGUCCAGAAAUUGAUACAGUCUCCUACGGUAACCCCCGAGAACAAGAUCGGGCUAGUAGCGCUGUACGCCCUGCGAUACGAGAAGCACCCGUCCAACUCGUUGGCUAUGCUCGUAGACCUGCUUUCCGCAGCAGGCGGCGUCCCCGCACGGCAGGCGGAUUCGGUGGCAAAAUUACUCAUCUACCGCCACUCGCUGCAGCAGUCGCAGUCGGCCAGCGGGAUCGCGGACAUUUUCGAGUCAGGCGGAAUCUUCUCAGGCGCGCGGGCCAUCAAGGGGCUCAAGGGUGUAGAGAAUGUAUACACCCAGCACACACCGCACCUCGAGGCGACGCUGCAAAGCCUAGUUAAGGGCCGGCUGCGGGAGCAACAGUACCCAUUUGUUGAGGGCGGCGGGACGACGCGCGACAAGCCGCAGGACAUAGUCGUAUUCGUGAUCGGCGGCGCAACGUACGAGGAGGCCAAGACUGCGGCUAGCAUCAACGCGUCUUCGCCUGGGGUUCGGGUCGUGCUCGGCGGCACCACUAUCCACAACGCUGCUACGUUUCUCGAUGAGGUCCAUGAGGCUGUGUCCUCGUGGCCGGAUCCGCCGCCGACGUCGACAGCAGCGAGAUUAAGGAAGGAGCUGAGUAGGCGGUAGGCGCUGGAUAGGAUAGCAUGGAGCGGGACGGACGGACGGACAGGAUAGGCUACGGAAUUGGCAUCGGAGUAUCGGCCCUGGUGCUACCUCUGCGUAAAUCGCGAUGCACAAUUUAGGCACGGCAUAUGCUUAUGUGGGAUAGCAGUAGUAGAUUUCUGCGCCGAUUAAGGUGUAGAUAAUUAGUCCGGCAUAAAAUGCCACCGCCUGCCCUGAUCGUCUAGUACAUUGCACACCGCCUCCCUGUUUCAGCUCCUUCUUUAUCGGCACCUCUUAUCAAUAAAAUCUAGCCCCGAUUGGGUGACAAUUUCAACGAUG